UCAGUGAGUAGCUGUAGCUGCACGAGUGAGUGCAGCGACAGUGUAAAACUUCAACACUGCUGCUUCAAGCUGCUGACGCUCCACACACUGAAUCUUCACUCACAGACUCAAUGGCUUCCAGAUCAGAGGAGGAUCUCUGCUGUCCGGUCUGUCGGGAGGUCUUCAGAGAUCCUUUUAUUCUGUCAUGUAGCCACAGCUUCUGUAAAGACUGUCUGAAGAGACGGUGGAGAGAGAGACCAACACACGAGUGUCCAGUUUGUAAGGAAAUAUCAAUGGAUGAUCCACCUUUAAACCGAGCUUUAAAGAACCUGUGUGAGUCGUUCUUACAGGAGAGAGAUCAGAGAGCUUCAGAGGAUCUCUGCAGUCUGCACUCUGAGAAACUCAAACUCUUCUGUCUGGACCAUCAGCAGCCAGUGUGUCUCAUCUGCAGAGACUCAGAAAAUCACACCAACCACAGAUUCAGACCCAUCGAUGAAGCUGCACAACAACACAAGAAGGAACUUCAGGAAACUCUGGAGCCCUUAAAGAAGAAGUUAAAGGUUUGUGAAGAAGUUCAAGUGAAGUUUGAUCAAACAGCAGAACACAUUAAGGUCCAGGUCCGACACACAGAGAGGCAGAUUAAGGAGCAGUUUAAGAAGCUUCAGCAGUUUCUAGCAGAGGAAGAGGAGGCCAGGCUGGCUGCACUGAGGGAGGAAGAGGAGCAGAAGAGUGGGAUGAUGAAGGAGAAGAUGGAGGCUCUGAGCAGAGAGAUAGCAGCUCUUUCAGACACAGUCAGAGCCACAGAGGAGGAGCUGAGAGCUGAAGACGUCUCAUUCCUGCACAACUACAAGGCUGCAGUGGAAAGAGUCCAGCGCUGCCCCCUGCUGGAUGAUCCACAGCUGCCCUCAGGAGCUCUGAUAGACCAGGCCAAACACCUGGGCAACCUGACCUUCAACAUCUGGAACAACAUGAAGGACAUGGUCUCCUACACUCCUCUCAUUCUGGACCCAAACACUGCUCAUCCAAACCUCAUCCUGUCUGAAGAUCUGACCAGUGUGAGAGGAGGAGAGAGGCAGCAGCUUCCUGAUAAUCCAGAGAGGAUUGAUUAUUACAUUUCUGUCCUGGGCUCUGAGGGCUUUAACUCAGGGACUCACAGCUGGGAUGUCGAGGUUGGAAAUAAUACAAGCUGGAUGCUUGGUGUGGUAGAAGAGUCUAUUCAGAGGAAGGGAAACAAAGAGUUUGGAUUUUGGGGUGUGAUUUUCAGUUUAGGUAAAUACUCAACACGCUCACCAUCAGCUCCUGUUACUGCUCUCUCAGUUCAGAAGAAGCUCCAGAGGAUCAGAGUGAAUCUGGACUGGAACAGAGGAAAGCUGUCGUUCUCUGAUCCUGAUACUAACACACACAUACACACAUUCACACACACUUUCACUCACAGGAUGUUUCCAUUCAUUCAAACUGGUGAUGAAGUGAAGGUGUUGCCGGUGACGCUGACGGUGUCAGUGUCAGCGGCACCGUUAGCAGAUCAGGUCAGUUCAGGAUGGGUUUUUUUCUAAUGUGCUUUCCUGUCAGUGCUGCAUGUAGCCAAAACCCCAAAUAUUUCAAAGAUAUUCUUUUUGUCCUUUUUAACAUUGUGCUCUAAAGCUUCUGUGACUAUAGCUUAUUCAGUUCAAAAUUUUAAGUUUAUUCGCAAUGCAUGACAGCAGUAAGCUACAGCACAAAUGGUUGUAUAAAAUCUGUUUUGGAUUGUUUGUUAUCUUAUAUGGGUACAUGCUGUAUUAAUUAUUUUUUUGUUCUCUUUGAGUUCCUUGGCCCCCGCUCCAGUCUUUCUGGGUUUGAGUGAAAGAGGAGGUUGAGCUGAACAUGU